AUGUCUUCCCUUCCAGAGUCUAUAUUCAACCACAGCUUCCGCGUUUACCUUUAUGCAAAAGCCUUCAUGUCUAUGCCCACGCCUGGAGAGGCCACACUGCCAACAAGUCCGAUUGAAAUCGGCCCCACUGGACUGCACGCGCUUUUCACGGCUUGGAUGCUCCACGACAUAUCUAUCAUCGACAAAUAG